CUACACCAACACCAUCCGUCCCAUCCCAUAUUUGAUGAGGAUGUGGCAGGGUACUGAGUGAAGAAGGAAGAUGUGGUUGUUGGGAUGGAUCGGGGUGAUUUCCCCGUUCCCGUUCUAUUACUGGCUCUGGACUCGCCCUCAAACAUGGGUGGAUCUUUGCGGGAAACUGCGAGAUCCAUCUCACGUGAUGGCCAUGGUUUCUCACGCUCUCAAGCUCUUCCAGUUCCUCUCCCUUCUCUCCGUCUCCUCACUUUCUUGGCCCCCGCCUUUCUACUUCUGGCCUCUCUUCUCCUUUGGUCAGCUCCUCAACUUCAGGGUAUACCAAUUGUUAGGAGAGUCCGGGACCUACUAUGGUGUUCGAUUUGGGAAGAACAUUCCGUGGGUGACGAAGUUUCCGUUUGGAGUCAUAAGGGAUCCACAGUACGUUGGUAGCAUAUUAAGCCUUAUCGCUUGUUUGCCAUGGGUCCCUUUCUCGUAUAUCCUCCUCUGGAUCCUCGGCUAUGUGUUUAUGAUUUAUGCAGAGUCUAAGGAAGAUCCAUCAACUCGUGCUAAGCCAUUGAACCAAAACAAUGUAAGGAACUAGUUCUGAGGUCUGGCCACGUUUAAGGCAACAAAGAGGUUCUUGAAACACUACACAGCAGUAUAUUAGUAUCAAAGGCUUGUUUUUGUGUUGGUUUAACAUUUUUUUGUGUUUGCCAUUCUUUUUUUAUCCGAAAAUUUUACCAUCGUGUUGUUACUAAUGAGAGGUUGAGCCUAUCUUUGAACUAUUUUUAGCAAUUCAUACGUAUUCCUGAAUCACACAUCUCCUUGGCUUUUUGGAUGUCAAAUUGUCAUUGUACUCCCAAAACUUCCAUGGGGAAAAUAAUUUAAAUAUCCCAAACUA